AUGAGCGCAAUUGCGACGGCAGCACCAGGGGUCCAAGCCAAGGCAAAGCUACCAGCGCUCGAGGCUGGCUGGCGCAUAUUGCUCAAACUUGGGAUGACCAAGCAAGGACUUGACGGCACCAUAUCGACAGCACCCGCACGACCGCGAAAACGGCCGACAAAUCCCCUGCAGGCAGGCAUCGACACUUUCCUUUCAGACUGCCUCCAUCUCGAGCAGGCGUCGCGCACCAGCUUGCCCAAGCGGUACACACUCUAUCUUCCAUUGUUGUUGUUGCCUGUCAACUUUACCACGCACAAUGUGGAGUGGCAGCGGCUUUACGCGGGCCUUGACGAUGUGCGAAAAGGCCAAUUGUUCCAAACCAUAGCGGACGCCUUUUCCUGUGCCGGACAGCAUGUAACUCACAUCGCCAUCAAUGCACCGAUUGAGCAUUGUCAGGAUACGGAAGAGAAUGUGUUGCGUAGUCCGUCUGGCUUGCUUCCAGUCUGGGGCGAUUGUGGACCUUCAGGUCUGCUCGAUGGAAAGGUAGGGAAUCCUGGUGCUGCGGAUUUCGAUGCCGCCUUCUGGGUCUCAACAGUUCAAGAUCACGGUAUCAGGCAGAUGUGGGCCCCAAAAUGGACCAUGUUCAGCCGUGGCAAUCUUAGUGAGAAGAGGAGAAUAUUGGGCACAGUCAAUAAGGGUCAGCGUUCAGUUAUGGCCGGAAGCGCAGCACACGAGAUCGAGAAUAUGCAGGUCUUGGACUUGUAUGUUGGCAUCGGCUACUUUGCUCUUUGCUAUCUCGCCCGGGGUGUCUCUCGGGUCUGGGGUUGGGACCUGAACCCCUGGAGUAUCGAAGGCCUGCGGAGAGGCUGUGAGGCUAACGGCUGGGCCUGUGUGGUAUUGCGUGUUGAUGACGACGGUGAGUGCGAUCGCUCCACGAUAUCUGAUUUGGUGAGCCGCCUCAGGCCCAACGUGCACUUGCGUCAGGAAGAUCGCAUCCGAUGUAUAGCCUUCGUUGGUGACAAUAGAUGGGCUGCCAAAGUCAUGCGCACUAUCGACAUGGAGUGUAGCCAACAACUCGGGGCAGAAGCUGAAGCAUCCCAAACCAAGUUCCAGCACGUCAAUCUUGGAAUGCUGCCGACGUCUGUCGCCAGCUGGCCAAAUGCUGCGGCACUCGUCGCCCCUUCUGGAGAGCUGCACGUUCACGAAAACGUCCAGUUCAGCGACAUUGACCAGAAGAGAUCCGAAGUGGAAAGCCGCCUGACGCACAUGCUGUCGAGGCAGUAUGGUCAACGUUGUGCACGAGUCGCUCAUGUCGAGCACGUCAAAACUUAUGCACCGGGUAUCAUCCAUUGUGUGUUCGACGUCGAAGUUCUCGACAUUGAAUGA